AUGCAUAGUGUUUGUGUUUUAGCUGACCCAAUGAAAUCUGCAAGUAUGGCUAAUAGUAAUCCGUGGUGGACCGGCGGCUUGCCAGUGGUGGAAUCGGCUCUGAUGAACAAAAACGACAGGCAAUUUCCGAUCAAUGAAAACAGUGGUGGAAGCAAUGAAUCUGAUGAUAAAGAUGCUGUAGAUGAGCCUAAAGAGGGUGCUGUUGAGGUUGGCACACGUAGACAGCGAGGUCGGCCGCCGGGAUCCAAGAACAAGCCAAAACCACCAAUUUUCGUCACCCGGGACAGCCCUAACGCCCUGCGUAGCCACGUCAUGGAGGUGGCUGGUGGCACAGAUGUGGCUGAGAGCAUAGCCCAAUUCGCCAGGAGGCGUCAAAGAGGGGUAUGUGUAUUGAGUGGUGGUGGAUCAGUGACUAGUGUCACCAUAAGACAGCCUUCUGCACCUGGAGCCGCUGUGGCACUACAUGGAAGGUUUGAAAUUCUGUCAUUAACCGGAGCUUUCCUCCCUGGCCCCGCCCCUCCCGGGGCCACCGGCCUGACGGUAUACCUAGCCGGUGGUCCAGGUCAGGUGGUAGGGGGAAGCGUAGUAGGACCCCUAGUGGCAGCAGGGCCAGUCAUGGUUGUCGCUGCCACUUUUUCUAAGGCAACUUAUGAAAGAUUGCCACUUGAAGAUGAUGAAGAUGGAGGUGUCUCCGCCCCGGCUCCCGUGGCCGGAGAAACAGAAAAUUCUCCUCCAGGGAUCGGAACAAGCUGUGGACCACAACAACAUGAGAUUCCUGAUCCUUCAUUACUUCCAAUUUACAAUUUUUCGCCGAAUUUAUUAGCAAAUGGUGGACAGUUGAAUCAUGAAGCAUAUGCUUGGGCACAUCCUCGACCUCCUUAUUGA